AUGAGUGUCAAUAGUGACAAAUCAUUGUCUUCUGAUACAAAAGACCUUGAUGGGGCAUUAACUGUUCCCAGGUCGAUCAAUAUCGAAGAUAUUCCGUUCACAGACGAGCCAAAAAAGGUACAAGAUGAAUAUGUACAGAAGAAAUUGUCAAAUGAUACUAUAUUUAUCGGUAAUGCUGUCGAUAAGACGGUUGAUAAGGAUGUCCGUGAAUUUUUCAAGGAUUAUUCUCCCACACAAGUAUUUAUCUUUAGAGGAGCUAACCAAAAACGGAUGCAAAGGACCAUUUCGUUGAGACAGAAAACAGUGAGUGUUCUUGUGACACUUAAGAAAGAAGAAGACUUGUCUAAGGCAAUUAGCGAGUUGAAUGCAAAGAAACUCAAUGGAAGGGCCGUGUACUUGAAAGCUGCCUAUUUGUCAAAGAUCGAAGAAGUUGUUAAUGCGGCAAAGAUCACCGCUGUUCCCUCUAAAUCACCACCAACAACAGCAACGGCAGAUGACGAAGCCCAAGAACAAAAAGGUAACACCACUGCAGAAACGAGUACUUUGCUUGAGAUGUUCAAAGAAACCCAGAAGAAGAUUCAGGGCAAAUAUAAAGAAACCAUUGAGAAGCAGAUCAGACCUAGUGAGCCCCCACUUGGAGAAGAAGAGGGGGACGAAGCAAGGCAGAGUGUUCCAAAUGAAGAAAUGAUUGUCGCUUAA